AUGAAAGUAAAUGAAGUUUUCUGCGUAGAAAUAAAUCGAAAAUGUUUCUUGAGGCUGUUGAAAGAACAGUUUCAAAGAGGCGUAAAAAAAUGUUUACACUCAUUAGAUGAUAUUCUGGUAGAGAAUCAGGGAUUUUAUGUUCCUGAGAAAGAGAAAAGCUCAUCUCUAGAGCUCCCGAAUCAACAACUAGUGGAGUCAUAA